AUGGAGUUGUUAAAGAGUUUGGGUAUAGGUUCCACGCAGCUUGUUAAGUAUUCGUUUCGAUUUCCUAGAUUGUAUUUGCAUAAGCAGGAGACCAUUUUGGAAUUUGUUGAAAGGGUUGAUAAAAUGGGGUUUGAUAGGAAUUCCGGGAUGUUCAUAUCAGCUAUUGGGAUCCUUAGUUCUAUGAGGGUGGAGACCUGGGAAAUGAAGGUGAAGCUUUUCCGGAGUUUGGGGAUUUCGGAAAAGGAUGUCUUUGCUAUGUUUAGGAGGUCGCCCCAUGUGUUUGGUAUAUCUGAGAGGAAACUUAAGGAGGUAGUAGACCUGCUGGUCAGUGCUGGGAAGUUUGACAUCCCGUUUGUGAUUAAUAAUCCGGAGUUGCUUAUGUAUAGUGUUGAGCGCAGGCUGAAACCAAGGCUAAAAGUUUUGGAGAUUUUGGAAAAGAACAAUUUACUUGAUGAAAAACCUAAGUUGACCACAUUCUGCAAGUACUCCGAGCAGAAGUUUGCUGAAAGAUAUAUUCUUCCUUAUGCAAAUGAACUUGGGAAACAUAUGAGUUAUGAAUGCUGA